AUGUUUUGUGGAGUGUUCUCCGAGAAGCUAACGGAAGAAGCAGUACGCUGGCAUUUGGCUGUCAAUGAACAGCCUCGUUUUCCAUGUCUUGAUUUUAUUAGAAUCAGUAGAGAGAACUGGCAAUGCCUUCAAUGUUGCACAAUCAUCCACUGUGUGGUUAGUGGUGUUGCAUCUUGGUUUCAGCUGUGUGUAGGAAAUUAAUUUCGUUCGUGAUACAUAAGUGUUGUUAGUGUAGUGUUAAAUGGUAGGGUAUUAUUAUUAAUUUUUUUAAGCAAAGUAUAAGGGAGUUACAUUCAGUAUAGAAGGUGGCGGUAAUGCAACAUUUAUUGGAUGCCAACCACUGUUAAUCCUCAUCGAAGAAGAAGUGGGCUAGCUACUUACGUCUUUGCAAAUCUAGUUAGUAGAGUCAAAUGUAGGUUGCAUGUCUGCUGUGGGAAUACUGAUACCUCCUACAAUUUCAGCAGCUUCUAAACUUUAAUUUCUUACAUUGAACCCUGUAUCGAAAGUGGCUAUGGCGUUGAUUUAAGUGGCCAGGUCAUUGAUAGUACAGGAAAAGUGAAAUGAGAGGCUUUCCCGUGUUUGAUGGGUCCUCAGUCCCUAUUGAACCCUGGUUCUCUCAGACAUACAUUCAGAGAAUUUGGGCCAUUCUGAUCAUUCGGGAAACCAAACGUAAUUUGCACAACUUUGUUCCACAGGGACGAGUCAGGACUAAGACGGUGAAAAAGGCCGCCCGGGUCAUCAUUGAGAAGUACUACACCCGGCUGGGAAAUGACUUCCAUACCAACAAGAGGGUGUGCGAGGAGAUCGCCAUCAUCCCCAGCAAGAAGCUCCGCAACAAGAUAGCUGGGUGAGUCUUUCUUUAGACAUAUGGUCUCUGAGUGGAGCAAAGAAGGUGACCAAGUGAGCAGUGUUUCUCAACCAUUUAUCUUGGUGGCACCACUGGCCUUUGAGAAGAUUCAAUCUUUAGAGCAGUGACUUUGAAAAACUCAGAUUUGGCUGUAUGCAGUCUUUUUAAAGGACGACCAUUACAUAAUAAUAAUAAUAACAUUACAUGUAGUUCGAGCACACAAUGGUAGUGUUUGUGGGCAGGUGGGUAUUUUGUAUUUGUGGAUGAGAUGGGGUGGCAUGUACAUAAAUAUGUUUAAGGUGGUUGUGUAUGAGAUGGAUUGUUUAGGGGUUUCCCCUUUGUACUGAGAUCUUGAUGGAUGCUAUGGGAUGAAGCACUAUCACUUUGUAGUCGACCGAAGCACGUUUCCUCGCCAUCGGCUGGAACUGUUUGUGAAAUUUGGCAGCUGAUUGCAUGGGACAACGUUCGGUUAGGGUCAGCCAUAUUGUGCAAGUGUUUGUCGCAUGCAAAAAAACGAUAAACAGACCAGCGUACUGAAGGUUGGGUUGAUGACGCUUCCCUGUGGACAUGGGGACAAAAUCAAAAUCAGCAGACAGGUAAAGUUGAAAUUAAGUUUGUUCAAGAUUCUGACUUGUAAUGGGAUUGUUCGGGAAUGCAGAGCCUACAUGAUAGAGACGAGUAAGUAUUUCACUAUAGGAUUCUAAGAGGCUAGUUUAUGCAGUGUUUUUUGUGGCUGGUGUUGCCUAUGGAUUGAAUUUGGGCUUAAAAUGUAAACAUAAAACGUAUUGGUCAACCCUGAAGUAGCUCAUUCAUUACAUUUGUUCAUGUAACGUUGACUAUACUGCAGUUCAAUCAGAUUGGAUUUCAACACUACUUGUAAUAGCAUGGGUGAAAGACAGCCAGGACUCCUUCAUUCUAUCAUAUCCCUGACCUAGCGUAUUAUUGCUAGUUUGCCACUUAAAACCCUGUAUCGAAAGUGACUAUGGCAUGACUGUUGCCAUUGUCAUUGAUAGUACAGGAACAGUGAUUUUUGAAAGCUUUUCCCGUGUUUGUUGGAAUACCUGUUCCUGUCAAACCCUGUAUCUUUCAAACAUCUUCCACAUCCGCAACAAUCUAAACUUGUGUGAGACCUCAUUCUCAUGUUAGGCUAGUUUUUAGUGAUCUAGCUUUUUGUUGUCGUUGCUUGAACCCAUGGUGUGAUCCAAUGCUGUGACAAUUGUGAAGUUGAAUGUGAAUUAACUGGAUUCUUGAUUGUGUCCUCAGGUAUGUGACCCAUCUCAUGAAGCGCAUCCAGAGGGGCCCCGUCAGAGGCAUCUCCAUCAAGCUCCAGGAGGAGGAGAGGGAGAGGAGGGACAACUACGUCCCAGAGGUAAGCGUGCCCCUCACCCACACAGGGCCUAAAAAUAACUUUCAACUUUAGAUUUUUUUUUUAAUCAACCAGCCACAGUUUUUACCAGCCAAAAUAUUUUUGGCCCGUAUUUACACUAACCCCCCCCCCCAAAAAAAAUGGAUGAAAUUGCUUAGCAAUGUUUCUAAAACAAGAAAUGUAUUAGUAGUAAGAAGUAAUGUGGUAUAUUGCUGAAUUUAAUAUUCUCUGACCUUUUAACAAAAAUAUCAGACACAUUGUCAACUGCCCCUUUAAGGUUACCAUGGUAAUGGGGCCGUCAGUCAUGUGUGCCUGUGAGAAUCUCACUAGUAAAGGCUGACAAUGUCUCUUUGCUAGCAGUAAAAGCAAACUCAAACAUUGAAAAGCAACCUAGCUUGUGAACAAAACAAUGUAAAUAGCCAAGAAACACAAGGACAAAGUCUCACUAGACUUUCAAGUAAAUUAGACCAUUGCUUCAGCACUUCACUCAGUGCGCACAGCCCCUCAGAGCGCACAGCCCCUCAGACAGGCAGUGGUGCCGCUCGUGGUGGGAUAGCUAUAGCGUUAUGAUUCAUAUUUCUUUGUGCAUUACCAGAUAAGAAAGAAAACUGCUGAAAUACUUUGAAAACAGCUACUGCCGCAUUUAUUUAGCUAUAAAUCACAACUCGCACGUGCUCAUACUUGUCUUUUGACAAUUUUUAUGAAAUGCUUGCACUGUAGAUCCCAGAGUGUGACCGAAUUAGACAUUCUUACCCACCGAUGCUAAAAUCUACCCGCAUUUGGCUGGUGGCAGGUGUUAAUUCUAGGCCCUGCACCCAUACCUCUGAGCAUCAGACAACGCCAAGGUUGUGGGUUAAAUUCCCACAGUACACAUACAAAAAAAUGCACGCACUCACUGUACUUUUAAGUUGGUUCGGGUAAUUGUUUUCAGUGGCAUAUGUUAAGUUACUCGCUCCUAGUAGGAACAGGCUAGAGGAGUCUUAAUGACAAUGGACUAGCCAAAUCUGUUUUGGUGCUUGUGGCGUAUAGCUGGGAAAUGUCAAUCUCUAAUGAAACUGCACAUUUUAGUGACCUUUUAUUGUCCCCAGGCCAAGGUGCACCUGUGUAAUGAUCAUGCUGUUUAAUCAGCUUCUUGACAUGCCACACCUGUCAGGUAGAUGGAUUAUCUUGGCAAAAGAUAAAUGCACACGAACUGGGAUGUAACCAAAUUUGUGCACAACAUUUGAAAAAAAAAGCUUUUUGUGCGUAUAGAAAAUGUCUGGGAUCUUUUACUUCAGCUCAUGAAAAAUAGGACCAACACCUUUACAUGUUGCGUUUAUAUUUUUAUUCAUUGUAACAUUCAAUAUUAUCACUGGUAUUGACAAUGGAAGGCUGCUGGUCUCUGAUGCCAUGUAUUGUACAGUAUCUCCUGCCGUUGUGGCCUUGAACAAGGCACUUAACCCCCCCCCCCCACAAAGUAAAAUACUGCACCGAUAGGCUAAUGUAUAAAACACGUGAUCCGUCAACCCUUCAUAUGGAGAGUUACUGGGUGUGCAGGCUUUUGAUCCAACCCUGCUCAAACACACCAGAGUCAGCUUAUCAAGGUCUUGUUGAACAGCUGUUUUCUAAAAUGUGGUGUGUUUGAGCAGGGCUGGAGCAAAAGCCUGCACACCCAGUAGCUCUCCUGGAAUCUCCUGGAGGAGGGUUGGCCACCCUGCAACAUUACAAUUACAACCAAAUACUUUUGUCUUUAUAAAAUAAUUCCCUCAUUCAAUGAACCAGGGAUCAAAUGGCUAAGGUGAGCGAGGUAGCUAACUAAGAUGUUAAUCUAUGUGUAAGGUUAAAAUAUUGUGUUCAGUUCUUGACAGCAUUGGAGUUACUUGUCAAUUAGGCUAUUCUAAGAAUAUAUUUGUUUAACUUUGUCAGAAUAACAUGGCCAGUAUUAAGUAGAGGAGAAUCUUAGCGCUGUAUCAUUAUUUUACCUGCUGCGUAAAUGUCUCGCUCUCCUCUGGCAACGGCCCACUGGCACACCAUGACUAUUCCAGGAUUUUCAUUGCUGACCCAAAAUGAGCUAUAACUGGGCAAAUAACUCACAAACUCGCAAUGAAUAUCAACAAAUGUGCACACGCGUAUCUCGCUUUCUCAAAAACGCAUCUUGUGACUGACUGCAUGAUUUGAAAGACUGCUCGUGCCUGUCAAUGCAGGUCUACAAUAAUUUCAUCCGGAAGACACUGAUCCAAUUCUGAUUGGAGUAGCCUAAUUGUUUGAUAUUCUGGUUUUGACUUUUUUUCUUCUCAUUUUUUAACUUGUCCUUUUGGUCAACUUAAAGCUAUAUUCUUCUUGUUUGACUAUUUUAUUUUCUUGCCCUGGGCAAGUGGACAAGCGUUAAUGUCAAGCUGUGAUAGCUAUGCAUGCUUCUACUUUGCCUAGGCACCAUAAGAUGCAUUCUCAAACUGCUUUUAGUCAUCAACGAUCGUCUUGCUUUGCUCCCAUUGGGUAUCUUCAGUCUAUAGAUGGGAUGUGAUACCUUUUGAAUCAGUCUGAAAUUCUCUUUGAUUAGCCCUGUAUCGAAAGUGACAAUGGCAUGACUGUUGCCAUAGUCAUUGAUAGUACAGGAAUAGUAAUCUUGAAAGCUUUUCCCGUGUUUGUUGGAAUACCUGUUCCUGUCAAACCCUGUAUCUUUUAAACAAUGUGUUAAGACCGCAAACCUUGCCCCGGGUAGCCAGUAACUGCUGUAUUCGCUGUUGAAUUGGUGUCAUAUUUAACUGACAGUGUUGCCUGUUUAAUAUACACACUAUUAAUAGUGUUUGGUGGACAGCGCUGACAUACCAUUAGCACAGUAACUAAAUCUUUGUUUUUGUUUCCAGGUGUCUGCUCUCGACCAGGAGAUAAUUGAGGUCGACCCAGACACCAAGGAGAUGCUCAAGCUACUGGUAAGUCCCUCACAGGCAGCUACGUUUAGUGUCUUGAUAAUGAAUGUAUGUUUAGCCAGAAGAUGACACCUUGGUUUUAACCCUGUAUCAAAAGUGACAAUGGCAUGAUUGUUGCCAUAGUCAUUGAUAGUACAUGAACCAUGACUUUUAGAUUUUCCCAUGUUUGUUGGAAUACCAGUUCCUGUCAAACCCUGUGUCUUUCAAAUAUCUUCCACGUCCUCCCUAGUAUUAACUUCAGCGUGAAACUACUUGCCGAUACGAGACCAGUCUUCUGCGAUUUACAUUGUUAGCAUUAACCUGUGGUGUAUUCUGAUGGUUACUUGAUGGUUAAAUUUGAUUUUAUCUUCCUCUUUCCUCCAGGACUUCGGCAGUUUGUCAAACCUGCAAGUCACCCAGCCAACUGUCGGAAUGAACUUCAAGACACCGAGAGGAGUCUAG